AUGUCAAUAUCUGCAUCUGCCCCUCCUGGCCCUGGCGCUCCCGCCCAGGAUCAGUCACAAAAUUUCCAGUUCGAGGAUUCUUACGAAGGCCCCGACACCUUCCUGGAAACCACUCCAAGCCUCGUAUUCGACAACUCCGAGGAGAACACAGACGAAGGAAACGUACCGACUGACGAGCGCGUCCGAAAAGUUCUCCAGCACACGAAACGCAAGCUCCAAGAGUUUCAGCACGAACGACGCAGAACCGGAAUCAUGGCGCAUCAGUCGCAGCUCGUCUUCGUCGACGGCACCUUUGCCGAGCUGGCGCAGGAGAUGGCCGACUAUCUCAACACCGGCGAGGGCGUCAAGCCCCUUCUCGAGAAGGAACAGAACGAUGAGGUCCUCAAGAAGAUAAUCAUCGCGUCCACCGCCCUCAAUGCCGUACCCGAGAAGGAGUUCACUGCCGCGUACAAUCUGCUGGUCUACCUGGUCUUGCAGUCCAAGAAUGCCGAGAUGUUCCUCCCCCGAGUCUGCGACAACCUCAUGAAGCCUAUCACCUCGUCACCUGUCAAUGGUCCCGGUCUGGCUCUCAAUGCGCUUACCAACAUCUUCAACAUGCUCCCUCCGGACAACGAGUUGCGAUUCAACGUAUUCAUGGCGAUUCUGAAGUUCCUCAAGAUGCACAGCAUGUUCGAGAAUCUGAAGCCGUAUCUGUCCAACUUGGAGGCUUGGAUGAAGGAGUGGGAAAUCGACGAUGACGACCAGCGUCAACUCUACGAGACCGUUGCUGAGACGGCUCAUGAGGCGGGCGAAGAGACAAUGGCCUAUCAGUUCGUUGUCAAAGCUCUGCGCACCUUCGAAGACGACGAUGUCAAGUCGGAAGACGCCCAACGACUCUCCCUCCGUGCCCUGAAGUCCGCUAUCCUCUCCCCCACCCACUUCGACUUCCAAGAACUUCUUGCCGUACCUAGCGUUCAGGCUCUCUCGGAUACUCACCCCGUCUACUUCGAGUUGUUGACGAUAUGUGCGGAGAAGGACCUGGAGGACUACAACCAAUUCAAGGACGAGCAUGAAGGCUUCAUCGAGAAGGAGCAUCUGGAUGACGAGAAGCUGCAGACCAAGAUGCGUCUCCUCACAUUCACAUCGCUCGCAGCCCGAACGACGACCCGCGAGAUACCCUACGAUGAAAUCGCGAAGGCGCUGCAGAUUCCGGAUUCGAAGGUUGAGCUUUGGGCGAUCGAUGUCAUCCGUUCCGGUCAAGUUGAAGGCAGAAUGUCGCAGCAGAAGAGGGUAUUCCUCGUUCAUCGAACGACGUACCGUGUCUUUGGCGAGAAGCAGUGGCGCCAGCUGGGCGACAUCAUUGACAGCUGGAAGGAGUCGGUCAACAACGUGAUCACCAUGCUCCGCAAGGAACAGGCAAACGUGGAGGCUCAGAAGAAGCGUGACCAGGAGGAGAUUGAGCGCAAGAUGGCCAAUGUGGGCUUCGGCUCUGGUCCUUCCGGAGGCAGACGAGGCGGUGACCGUGGUGGUGACCGUGGUGACCGUGGUGACCGCAACGAUCGUGCGCCUCGUAAGGAGCGAACCGAUGAUGACGACUAG